CUGUACUAGAAACCAACGACAGUUCGACUUGACACUGACAGGUGUUUUUGGCAUUUCUUUUGUUGAAUGAAUUUUAAUAAACAAAACCAAAGUUUAGUUUUAGUUGUUCAGUUUCAACAAAUAUGGAAGUAGAACAAGAAACUACGUGUCAAGCAGAGAUGGAUUAUAAUGCUGUUGAGGAAGACCCUUUGAAUAUUUGUAAAGUUGAAAUUAAGGAGGAGCCCCAAAAGGAACAUAAACAGGAUAUAUUUGAUUAUGUAGUCUUAAAGAAAACUACCAAGAAGACUGAAAUAGAACAAGGGAAACAUAAACUUACACCAUGUAAAAAAAGACAAACAAAUCCAAGGGGCAUUCCCCCAGAGAACACAUUGGAGAGUAUGAAAACAACACCCGUACACACAUCUAAUAAAGAACAACAUGUGCAACCUGUUGAAGAAAAUACAUGCGCAAUUUGUGAUAAGCAGUUUGCCCACAAAAGUUCAUUAAAUAAACACAAGAAAAUUCAUACUAGAGAAACGAUUCAUAAGUGUAAAAUUUGUUUUAAGCAAUUUAGAGAAAAGGCAAGUUUAAAAAUCCAUUUGAAACUGCACACUGUAGAAACACCUUACAAGUGCAAAAUUUGUUUUACGGAGUUUAGCCAAAAAAGUACUCUGAAAACACAUAUGGUAGUACACACUGGGGAAAAACCGCACCAGCGUGAUAUUUGUCUGAAAAAGUUUGAUCAAAAAGUGAGUUUAAAUGAAUACAGAAGCAUUCACACUGUAGAAAAACAAUACAAGUGUGAAAUUUGUUCUAAGCAAUUUAGUCAAGCAGGAACUUUAAAAAGACAUAAAACAGUACACACUGGGGAAAAGCCUUUUCAGUGCGAAAUUUGUCUUAAAAAGUUUGUUCGAGAAAGUAAUUUAAAUGAACACAGAAACAUUCAUACUGGAGAAAAACCAUACAAGUGUGAAAUUUGUUUUAAGCAGUUUAGCCAAAAAAGUACUUUAGACAAACAUCUGAGACUCCAUACUGGAGAAACGCCUUAUAAGUGCGAAAUUUGUUCUAAACAGUUUAGCCAAAAAAGUUCUUUGGAAAAUCAUAUGAGACUGCACACUAGAGAAACCCCUUACAAGUGUGAAAUUUGUUUUAAGCAGUUUGCAAUAAAAAGUAAUUUAAAAACACAUUUGAGAGUACACACUAAAGAAAAACCUUACCAGUGUAAAAUUUGUUUAAAAAAGUUUGCUCGAAAAGAUAGUUUAAAUGAACACACAAACAUUCACACUAUAGAAAAGCCAUACAAGUGUGAAAUUUGUUCUAGGCAGUUUAGCCAAAAAAGGACUUUGGAAAAACAUGUGAGAGUGCACACUGGAGAAACGCCUUACAAGUGUGAAAUUUGUUUGAAGGAAUUUGCACUCAAAGGUAAUUUAAAAACACAUUUUAGAAUGCACACUGGAGAGAAACCUUACCAGUGUCAAAUUUGUUUAAAAACGUUUGCUCGAAAAGAUAGUUUAAAUAAACACAAACAUCCAAACUAUAUAAAAAUCAUACAAGUGUGAAAUUUGUCUUAAGUCGUUUUCUGAACUAGAUUACAUGAAUCAAUAUGAUGUUGCAUUCUGGAGAAAAAUCUUAAGAGGAUGACAUACACGCGAGUAAGUACGCGGACUUAUGUCUCGACGACCUUUUUCGCACGUGUGUCACCGUAAGUACGCGUACUUUAAGUUUGAUGAGUUAGUUCGUCGUGAUAUAGAGAUCUCGAAAUACAAAUAAGGAGAUAAUGGAAAAUGGAAAGUACCAGACAAUACCUAUUAUUCUUUCUACUACUGGAGUCAUUCCGAAGAACCUCAUAGUAAACAUCAAAAAGCUGGAUCUAAAUGAACAUCUUUACAGGACUAUGCAGAAAGCUGUGCUACUCUAGACGUCCAGAUAAGUACGAAAAUUUUUGGGAGAUACUCCGGCGUAUCAAGUUACCUAGGGCUCGAUAACACGGAAAGAGUCCCACCAGAGCUCAAUCCUUUUGAUACCCGAGGUAUCUGGGAUGAGUAAAUUUUCCCCUUAGAGGGAGUGUGGGCCGAAUGGCUAAAUCUAAAUAAUAUUUUAUUUCCUUUUUGACAAACAGUAUUUGUAUAGGAUUAGUCAGUACAAAAAAUUAAUAAAUGUAAAAUUUCGCCAAACUUAAAAUUUCACAUUUUUUACUCUACAACACCAAUCCCACCCACUACGCAUGCGUAAAAUUGGUGUGUCGUUUCAUUUACGCCAACCUCAUGCGCAUGAUCUAUCUUAUCAAGAUUUUACUUAUGCCACACUUUGUGGCUUGCGCAAGUGAACAAUUUUCAUGUUCACGCACCAAUUUGCUUGUAUAAAUUGACAUGCACAAGUAAAUUUUCAUGAAAACGAAGUUUUAAACAAUUUAGAGAGUACACACUCGGGAAAAACCUUAUCAUUGCGAAAUUUAUCAUAAAAAGUUUGUUCGAGAAAGUAAUUUAAAUGAACACAGAAACAUUCAUACUGGAGAAAAACCAUACAAGUGUAAAAUUUGUUCUAAGCAGUUAAGCCAAAAAAGUACUUUAGACAAGCAUCUGAGACUCCAUACUGGAGAAACGCCUUAAAAGUGCGAAAUUUGUUCUAAGCAGUUUAACCACAAAAGUUCUUUGGAAAAUCAUAUGAGACUGCACACUAGAGAAACCCCUUACAAGUGUGAAAUUUGUUUUAAGCAGUUUGCAAUCAAAAGUAAUUUAAAAACACAUUUGAGAGUACACACUAAAGAAAAACCUUACCACUGUAAAAUUUGUUUAAAAAAGUUUGCUCGAAAAGAUAGUUUAAAUGAACACACAAGCAUUCACACUAUAGAAAAACCAUACAAGUGUGAAAUUUGUUUUAGGCAGUUUAACCAAAAAAGAACUUUGGAAAAACAUGUAAGAGUGCACUCUCGAUAAACGCCUUACAAGUGGGAAAUUUGUUUUAAGUAAUUUGCACUCAAAGGUAACGUAAAAACACAUUUUAGAAUGCAUACUGGAGAGAGAUCUUAUCAGUGUCAAAUUUAUUUAAAAACGUUUGCUCGAAAAAUAGUCUAAAUAAACACAAACAUUCAAACUAUAUAAAAAUCAUAUACGUGUAAACUUUUGUUUUAAGUCGUUUUCUAAACUAGGCCAUAUGAAUCAAUAUGAGGUUGCAUUCUGAGGAAAAAUCUUGCAAGUUGCAAGUAGGUACUGUAACUGGUCCAAGGAUGGAAUGUCUUCAGUGUGUACCCCUUUGACAGGAGCUUUACCUCAUGAAGUUGAAACCAUACAGAUUCUUUCAGCUUCAUGCUCAUACUAUAACCUUUAUCAUGUCAACUCCGCUAAAAAUGCACACAACUGGCUGGAUUCGAUUUUUAUGGACGAUGGCGAAGCUAAGAUAUCAACAGCAGAUGUAGUUCUACUUACUUUGUAUUGUAGCGGAAGAGAAAUCUUGGCCGAUCCCCGUAUAACAGUAAACACCUCGAGAAUGACGUAAUCGGAUGUGCUAGGCCUCGCCGGAGAAUUCU